CGUUGCUUCCUCGUGGCACUGCCCACUGUCACAGCCAUCGUUUUCGCUCCUCCUUCCGUGUAGGUAUGACUUUGAGAGGAGACAAUCUAGACUUUCAUGACGCAGAAUGGCUGGAUCCAGGAUCGGAUGAAAUUAGGCGAUGCCAAUGUCACAGGCAAAAGCUUCGCUGGUGACGCCAUUACUGACGUUGGGUUUACCAUAUCAAUCGGUGGUGCUAGAACCUUGCUUGUCCAAUCGGACUCGUGAUCAAGCCUUGCCACAUCGUCUGUUGGUGAGCUCGCCAGCACUAUUUUCCGUCUGCUCAAUGAAGGAUUUAUGUCUCGAACUCGUUUGAAGCAAGAAUAACGGUGUGAGAGAUGACGUAGUUUUCGGCUUGUGUUAGAACUAGGUGAAUGAACUCUAAGAUGGGUAGGCGCGUUGAACAGAUACUAAUAGUUCUGUCCGUUUUGACCCAGGCAGGUGUUUAUCCCAUCAACCGCUAGAUGGCGUCACUACAUCCGCCUCUAGUCUUUCUUCAAUUUUGCUCUAUUUCCCUUAUAUCUGCCUAUAAAUAAUAUCGAAUCAGAUCAGAGUUAGAGAAAGACUGGAGACGAAUGUAGUGACGCCAUCUGGCAAUUGAAGGGAUACCACUCUAGAUACGCGCUCUUCACUUGCGUGAGCAAGUACGAAUCUGAUGUUCGAAAGGCAUGAAAAUUCAUCAAUUGCAUUCGCCCACAUAAGUCCCAUGGUAAGUACCUCAGUUACCAUCAAUGGCGUCGAGGAUAAGGGGCAUGAGAUCCGGCCGAGUGGGGUCGGCCCCG